UAAUUCAUACUAGGGCGGACGUUUCUUGCCAGGGUUUCUUUAUAAGUCCUCAGUSAUUCUUUUACGUCCCUUAUAUAAAUCACGUUACAACAGCUAUACUCUAGCCUACGAUAAACAAUUAAAAUCAUUUUGACUUAUAUUAGGCAUUAAAUCGUACCAAAAUGUUGUUCAAGAAAUUCAUAGUUGGGUCUGCCAUCUUUGACCCACUCGUGUCUACUUCUCCAAGAACUCGUCAAAUCACUAGAAAAAAUACAAAGCCUGUUUGCCAGAAGAUAGUCCUUGAAGAAUUCCUCGUAACUUAUACUUCCAAGGCGUUCUAAAUCGUCAUUUUUGGCGCAUUUUUGAGGAGUAUCUUUUGGCCAUUUUUGGUGUUUUUGGUCCGCCAUUUUGAAUGCGCACGCAUAAAAUGAUUGAUAUUUUGGAGAAGCUGCUGAGAAACUAAUCGCAGGCUCGUCAUAGACGUCAACGAAGAGAGAAAAUCAUCCAACAUGGAAGGCUGCCCUCGCUCUUCCAUGCUAAAUAUCGACCUAAAAGAAUCCUCUCCUACUGAAUUUGCUACACAGCUAAAGAAAUACAUAUCCGAACAUUAUCAAGAGGAUCCCGAAAGUUAUAAACAUGAAUGUCAACAGCUGGAAGGACUUCGAGCGACGUGUCUUCACCCAAGUCAUGAUCACUCUGGCUGUAGUGUUUUACGGCGGUACUUUGCACAAUUACAGUUCUUACAAUCAAGAUUUCCUAUGAUAGAUGGAGGAGCUGUAUCGGUACCUUUUACUUGGACAGAUUUAUAUUCAGAAGAAUCAAUAGCAUUAUCUGAUGCUCGGUUUGAGCAAGCAGCAAUACUGCACAAUCUAGGUGCUCUACAUUCUCUUCUUGGUAGCCAGGAAGACAGGACUAAUGAGGAGGGAAUGAAGGUAGCAUGUACUCAUUUUCAAGCAGCGGCUGGUGUAUUUCAGUACUUGAAGACCACAGUCAUGGUUCCAUUGUCUUCCAUGAAACUACCAUGGGUUUCUGAGGAUCAUUUUGCGGUUCCAUUCUUCGAUCUAGCAAGUUGUGUACUUCAACUUUACAUCAACAUCAUGUUGGGCCAAGCUCAGGAAUGUCUGCUCGAAAAAUCAAUUCUUGAUGGUCGGAAAGAUUCCUUGAUUGCAAGAAUUAGUAUGCAGGUUUGUGACUAUUAUCAACAAGCACUUGGUAUCUUAGAGUCAUUAGGAUCUUCAUACAUGGGUUCAAAAAAAGCAAAGACCUGGACCAAAGCAGUGAAAAUAAAGGCUUGUCACUUCCUCUGUGUUUCAUAUAUUCACAUGUCAAAUCAUGCAAAUGAUAACCAAAAAUUUGGUGAAAAGGUUGCAUACUUGAAGGCUGCCUCACAGAAGUUAACUGAAGCACAGAAGCAAUCAAAGGGUCAACCAGAAAGAACAUUAGAAUUGCUGCAGUUUAUGGCUGAUGUGGUUAGCAACAAGCUUGAAGGAGCUGUAAAAGACAAUGAUUUCAUCUACCAUGAAGUUGUUCCUGACCUAGCAACUCUGCAGGAGAUCAAAGGAGCUUCCCUAGUCAAGCCCAUCCCCUUCCAACCAUGUGAUCCUAGCGUAUCUGGUCCAGAUAUUUUUGAGAGACUGAUCCCUAUAGAGGCUCAUACAGAUGCAUCUAUUUACAGUGAAGAGAAAGCAAAGCUACUAAGGAGAUAUAAUGCUUCAGUGGAUGCCAAGAAUAAACAGCUAAGUCAAGCCCUGGCCAGUCUGCACAUUGAUGACCUUCUACAGCCAGAGGAAGCAGAUUUACUGCCUUCUUUAUUGAAAGACAAGCAUGAAGCUCUGAGAAAAGAUCCUGUUCUAUUGGCACAGGCAGAUCAAAAUAUUCAAGACUCUUCAAAACUUGGAGGAGACAUUGACAGCUUUUUAAAAACAAUUUCUUCAAUGCUCGAGGAAGACGAAAGGAAAGAGAGACUAAUAAAGGAGAAAUUGGGCCCAAGACCUUCACCUCCUGAGCGAGACGAGAUCAAGGAGGAGUUAGAAAAAUGCAAGGAAACUUUCUCUAAAGCAAACCAAACCAAUAAUGAACUAGUUCGGGUGUACAAUGCUCACAAGCAGAACCUUGAGCUCAUUGCUGGACCUGAGGAACGGCUUCUGGCAGCUCUCCCAUCACUCAACAUCAUUGACUCACCAGUUGAUGAUGGAGCAGUACAGAGAUUACGUGAUUUAAUCGCAAAAGUUGAAGAGAUGAAGAAACAAAGAAAAACCCUAGAAGAAAAUCUAAGAAAGCAGCUAAAUGAAGAUGACAUCACAGGACUGUUAGUGACAAGAGAAGACGGCAAUAAAAGGGCGUUUUUCGACGAGCAGUUAAAGAAGCAUGAUGGUGCGUGCUCGCUUAUUCAAGCAAAUCUGGAUGCACAGGACCGAAUACUGAGURCCUUAACAGAAGCAAACGCCAAAUAUGCAAAGACUAGACAAGCAGUAAAGGAAAACUCGCAGAGGAGGGACGAAGUGGUUCAAGCUUUAAUCUUGUCAUACAACACUUUCUGUGAACUUCAGGGAAAAUUGAGUCGCGGUAUUCUGUUUUAUCAGAAUUUGUUCAAAACUGUCUCCAAACUCCAAGAAAAGAGUAAGAACUUCUUCGACGGACAUGGCCAAGAGCUGGACAAGUUGAUGGAAAAGAUCAAAGCUGCAUCAGUAGAACCUCCCAAGCCACCAAGCAGACCAGCAGCUGCAAAACCAGACCAUCUAGUGCGACCCCAACCCUCACCUGUACCUUCUUCUAUGCCUGGUCCAAGAUUUCCUGGACCAAUGCCUACCUCAUUCGCUGACCAACACCUACCUGGUACCAUGUAUCAACAGCCAGGAGGAUUUCGAGCACAACUCCCACCUGGUUCACCAGGGCAGAUGGUACCUCAGGGUAAUGCCAGAGGUGUUCCUGGACAAGGAUAUAUGGUACCUGCUUAUCAAAUGCCAGGAGCAACUUCUAGUAUGCAACCGUUUGUUCCAAGUCAAGGACAACAUGUUCCUGGACAGGUUCCUGGUCACCCUCUUGAUCCAGUCUUGCAAAAACAAAGAAGUGAGGAUGGAUCUCUUGGUGGAAGAAUAGAAACCAGUCCUACAGCCCCACCUUCGUCAAUUCAAGAUGGAAGACAUAGUUAUCGUGCGCCUUCAUCUUCACAUCCUGUACCAAAGACACAUAUUCCGGCUGAUCAAGUAAUACAUUCAACACCACGCAUGUCAUAUCCAUUUCCAGUCAGCCAGGAAGGAGCACAGAUUCCUGGACAGUUUGCACCUUCUGUGGCUGGUCAAGGUGUGCCUCGGCCAAGUGGUCCCGAAAUGCAGAAUCAAAGGUUGCCUUUUCAGCCCCAAAACCAAAUGCCACCAAGGUCACAACCACCACACCCUGCAAAUAUUAACCCCCCUUUGCAUCAGUUUCAACAAAUAAGACCAGAAAGCCCUGGUCAAGGACCACCACAUCAAGCUCAACGACCUCAACGACCUCAACUACCAAUAGGGCCUCAACAGCAACAACAAAUGCAUCCACGAUUUCCUGGACAAGAGAAUAUCAGACCUCAGUUCUUGCCUCGAAAUCAGCAGUUUCCUCCUCAGAUGGGAGCUGCAGGUGAUCCUCGGCAGCAGUUUCAACAACCACAUUCUCCAGGUUCUUCGCAGCAGAUGGUAUUCCAAAGGCCACCUCAACCUUAUGGUAUGCCGCCAACGCCUACAUCAUCUCCCAUGAGGCCACCGUUUUCACAGCCUAUGCAGCCACAGCUAUUACCAAGAGGACCCCCUUCUACAUCUACCCAGCUGCCUUGUCCAUUGCAGCCACAACCGAUUAGCUCAACUAGCACCGCUUCAUCAGCUGCUCAGCAGAUGUUUAGAGCUCAAUCCCCUUUGCAACCUGGGCAGGGUCCCCGUGCCAUUCAUCCGCAACAGCCGCCACAACAGGAACUAUCACAACCAGACCAAAGGUUUCACCAACCACAGCAGCAGCAAUUGUCACAUCAACAGCAACAGCAAUCGCCACAUCAACAGCAACAGCAGUAUCAGCAGCAGCAGCAAAAACAACAGCAGCAGCAGCAAAAACAACAGCAGCAGCAGAACUAUCUUGGGCAACAGCGACCACAAAGUUUUCAGCAGCCGCAGCCACAGCAGCAAACACAGCAACAGCUAUUUCCACGGCCCCAACAACCUCUCACUCCUUCCUCGAUUAACCAACCACKGCCUUACUUCGGUCAAAAUCAGAAUCAACCAUUUUCACAGCACCAACCCAACAGUCUGCAACAACAGCAACCAUUUAGGACUGAUCAGCAAGCACAAGGACAGCAUAGGCCAGAUCAACAUUUUAGACCAAAUCCACAAUYGCAAGGACAGUUCAGGCCAGAACAACAGUCACAACAUCCGUUUAGACCUGGUCAACCAUCACAAGAGCAAUAUAGGCCAGAUCAGUCACAACAACCUUUGAGAUCAGAUCAACCGCCACAGGGACAGUUUAGGUCAGAACAACAGUCUCAGCAACCAUUUAGACCUGGUCAACCCUCCCAAGGAGAAUAUAGGCCAGAUCAAUCACAACAACCCAUGAGACCCNAUCAACCGCAACAAGGACAGCCCAGGCCAGAGCAACAGUCUCAGCAACCAUUUAGACCUGGUCAACCCUCCCAAGGAGAAUAUAGGCCAGAUCAAUCAUUUCAGAGGCCACCUCAUUCUCAGCAACAACCUCCUUUUCGUCCCGAUCAACGUGUAGGAGGGAAUGUUCAUCCUGGCCAACAGRUUCCAACACAAUUACCACCUGGACAACAACCACCAUUUCAGCUACAACGACAGUUCCAGCAACCAUUACUGCCUGGCCAAAUUUCACGGCCAGAACAACCACCACCACAUAUUUCACAAGCAGACAACCAACCCUAUCCGUUUGGACCUGAUCAGAUGAAACAGCAACCCAAUCCAUCGUUCAAGCAAGGGCCUUUUCGCCCUGAAGUCUUGCCAAACGAACCUCCCACACAACAGACCACCAGACCUGAAUCAGUAAAUCUACCUGGACAGGAGGAUAAGAAGACGAGUCAUCCUGAUGUAGGAACUCGUGGAACAUUUCCCCAGCAGCAGAAGCAGAAGCAGCAACCCUUUGCAUCGCCAAAUCUUCCACCUUACCAACCAUUUGAUAAAGUAAUGUCCUCUCGUUCGUAUCCCGAAACUGGUGCUUUUUUGUCCAGUCAGCCCAAUUUGUCGACGUUUCCUCCUGGUUAUCCACCUGAAGCUAGACGACCAACACCUUCACUUCUCCAAGAGAAUCAAGAAGCGAGACAGGGCAAUGUGGCUCAGUCUUCAGAUUAUCUGACAAGUUUCUCUGUCGCCCUUGCACAGAAUCAGCUGAGUCAAUACCAGACCUCAUCUUCGCAGCAACAAGCGCAGCAGUUCCAACAGCAAUUGCUUUUUCAGCAGCAACAGUUAAUUCUGCAGCAGCAGGAAAUGUUGAGGCAACAGCAGACGAUGCAGACACAUGAACAUGAGCAGGCACAAAUAGGGCUGCUGCUUCAGCGGAUUUUACAGCAGCAGAAACAACUGGCAGAUCUAGAAAUGAAGGUGAGAGAGAAGAAGGACGAUGCUCAUGAGCACGAACACGGGCAUGUGAAAGACUUGACAAAGACACCUGAGGUACAAGAGCAGGRACCCAAAGACACGACGCACCAGGAACAGCCAUCGAAAAGUGUAGCUAGCGAAGGACCCAAAACUCACGAAAGCACUGGUUUGCCUGUAAGCACUCCUCUUAGCACGUCAAUGAAUCUGAAAAAGGCUGAGAAYACCCAGACGGCGAAGGAAGAAAAGUCUAAGACAUUUGUUCCUGCCUCGUCAAGUGAUAAGGCAUUUCUGCCAGACUAUGCAAGCUUGUCGCAGUUUUUUACAAAUAUCACCAGCACCCAAGAUAAUACGGAGAAGUCUAAAGACAUUCUUGAUAUUACUGCCAAAGAUGAUGAAGGCGAAAGCGGAUCAAAGAAGAGUAAUGUUGAAGACAGCACCUUACCUAAUGAUAACAGUACAAUCCACAAGCCARGGUCUGCUUCCACAGAAGGAGAUUUUGUUAUUCAGAAAGAUCCUCAGAAUAACGAGAAAAAUGAUUUAUCUGAACAUAAACACGAAGCAGAGGAUCUUAAAGAAAAGGAAAACGAAAAGAAUGAAGCGAAAAAAGAGGAAGAGAGUGAGGAAGAAGAAACGGCGAAAGAAGAAAAGUCAACCAGUUCUGAAGACCCCGAAGAAUUACGCCGUCUCGAGAUUGAAGAACAAAUAAAACACAUUAAAGAGCUUCAACAAAAACCAGAAAAUCAAUUACCACUACCGCCACAUCCCACUGGAUAUCUCUAUGAGCCUGGGAAACUACCAGUCGUGGUGACUCCGGAUCAUACCGAACACAGCCCGAUAGAUGAAUCYGAAUMUGCAAAACCUUCGGAYUUAUCGAGUCAACACGAGCRRRUACCGACAAAUGAGACCGAAUYUGGUAAAUUACAURCUGAUKGCCCRAAUCAAAGCGAAGACAGUCCGAGUGAUGAAACCGGAACGUCGGCCCKAUUGCAUUCUAAUGAACCAAGUCGUAGCGAGGAGAUUCCGAGUAAUUYCGAACUUAGGCUGACAGAUGAACACAAAGAUCGGAAACCAUCGUUUCAUCGACAAUGUGGUCAUUAUUAUGAGACGCAGUUAUCGCGCCUGGGUCAUGACACAAAUAACGCGUGCCUUAAUGAUGAUGAAUCCCUGCAAGCUUUACUUUCUACCGUCCAAGGGUUUGAUAAUGUCGUGAAGAGUCUGGCCAGUGCCAARCAUGGAACGAUUGCUGAUGGCUUCACCAUGGAAUGGCAGGAACUCGAACGUCUACAAGAACUAGACUCUCCAUCCAUGACGACCCAUGCUGCUACCAUGAACCAGGCGAAAAACAGAUAUCGAGAUAUUCUACCGUGGGACCACUCAAGAGUCAAGCUGCAGUUAAAGGAAGAAAGUGACUACAUCAAUGCAAACCUUCUCAAGGACGUCACUCCUUUAACACCAUCGUUCAUCGCUACUCAAGGUCCCAUUGCUACGACCCUUACAGACUUCUGGCUGAUGGUCUGGGAACAACAGUCUCCCAUCAYUGUCAUGCUCACCAAAGAAGUCGAAGGCAGUCGGUUGAUGUGUCAUCAGUACUGGCCAAUAGAUGAAGGACACACAGUCCUGUUUGGACCAAUCAGAGUCUCUCUCAAGACACUUCGUACCAGUCCUUCCUGKGUCACGAGGAUCAUGCACGUGCAGUGUAAUGACAGUGAUGAUACCUUGGAAGUGACCCACUUUCAGUUUACUGGUUGGCCUGACUAUGGAGUGCCAGAAUCGCCUGCAGAUCUGUUGGCAUUUAUGAAUGAGGUUCGUUGCUGUUACAAGCAGUUGGAGCAAGAAGACCAAGAGAAACCAAUUAUCAUGCACUGCAGUGCUGGGAUAGGACGCACAGGUACAUUCAUGGUCAUCUAUGCAGGAAUAGAAGAAUUUCAUGCCCAUAAAGUAUUCGUCAAUAUUCCUCGCCUCGUGAGAAAUCUCAGGCUUCAACGCAAAUACAUGGUUCAGAAAAAGGAACAGUACGAGUUUUGUUACAAGACCCUCUUGUUCUAUGCUGUUCAGUUUUUGGAUCUAGUGCUGAGCUCGAUCGCAAUAAAGAAGGAAACUUCUGCAGAUCAAAACAAAGACAACAAACAGAUUAAUGCAUCGGCGCCAUAUUUAGAAGACGAGGACGAGGAAUUCCUCGAGGUCGCACAAAAAGACGAGGUAUUUGACGAAGACUCGAARGAUUCCCGAGAGGAAUCGUCAAACGUUCGGUUUUUAGGGGAAUUGAAGUCCGACGAUUCUAUAGAGGAGCCGGACUCAAGUAUCGAACAGAAGAAGCGAGGAGAAAAYGUUAGUAAUGAACAAUCAAUUUCUGAGAAGUACUGCCAAGGAAAGCUAGAGACAGAUAAUGAAACGAAAAAGAAAUAUGGCGGCGAUAUGAAGUCGACMGAGCGACAUGAAAGCGAAGACAAACCAAAACAAAACCAAACGUCCGAACCCAAACUAAAUACAGGAAUUGUACACAUAGGUAAGGGAGAGGAGGUUAGAUUCAGUGCUAAAGACGACGAUCAUAGUGAAAAGGAGGACAAUGAGGAAGAAUCGAUAUCAGAACACGAUGAAAAUGGCGGAAAAGAUUCCGAGUCGGUGGACAGCGGUCUUGGUGAUCACCUGGACAAGACUGAAACACAGGGUGACCAUAAAAGUAAARCUCAGUCCUCAACAACUGAGGACGAAAAAGAGACAAAAUCGAGUGAGGAUGAAAAACAUUUGAGUGAUAUAGAUGCAGAAAACAAAGAAAUAACGGACAAAAAUUAUGAUUUAGAUAAAAAUAACGAAAACCUACCCAGUGUUGGCGACUCAGUGGAAAAAGAUGAAACGAAAGACGAUUCAACACUCGAGGAAGCCGAUUUAAAGUCUGUAGAAACUUAACUUUUGUAUUGAAUUAUUUUCAAAGUUUCUAACAAGGCAUGAAAUUUAUUAAGCAUUGUUAAUAAUAAUAAUAAUAAUAUCGAUUAAUGAGCCACUUGACCACCCCUUUAGCACGUAAUAUUAGUUUUCGACGAAUUCCAUUUUCGGGAAGUGCUUUCGGAAUUAUUCGAAAGUCAAUUUUACUGCCAUUUUCUAUAUUGUGCAAUUCAGAUUUUGUGUUUGCUUGUGUAUUUAUAUUAUUGUUGUUGGUUGGGUGGAAUCUUUGAGAUUUUUUCAGUGUUUCUUUUGUUUCGGUUUGUUUAUUAGUAAUGGUGGAUUUUUUAUUUUCUUUUUUGUUUGUCAAUUUGUGGGUGAUGGUGUUUUUUGUUUGUUGGUUGGUUUUGUUUGUUUUUGUUUUGUUUUGUUUUUUGUUGUUGUUUUUUGUUGAUUUUUUUGUUGUUUUGGGGUUUUUUUUAAUGUUUUGUUUUGUUUUGUUUUUUGUUGUUUCAGAGUUGUUUUUUUCUAAUCUUGGUCAAUCAAAAAUUUUAAAACUAUUGCGUGCCGUUGAUUGGUCGCAGAAGAAUAAAAAGCAAAAAAAAAUUGAAGAAUUCCACCAUCCACGUUGAACCGAGUUGGCCGAGUCUGCAUAAUAUUGAAAAUUGCUGUAAUCAAGCUAAAAAUGUCUAAAAAAGACUGCGAAAAUAUUGGAAUCAAUUAGAUAAUACAACAGCACCUUCCAAAGGCUCAGUUAGGGUCUAAAUAUUCUUUAAAAGGAUUAUAAAUAUUAUUCAGCACAAGUAUAAUACUGUAUUCGUCGGUGAAGUUCAUACGGGUAAUCCCCUUUUACCCCUUUUAUGCCUGGUAUUUUCUCUUACCUCUUUCUGACACAGGAUUUCCUGGAAUAUUUCUUAGGUUUGCAAGGUAAAUAUAAUGGCUUGUAGCUAA